AAUUGCUUCUAAAUCAAUUAACCCAAUUAGUAUAAUUAUCUCACAAUGGCUCGUCAAUUCUUUGUUGGUGGUAACUUUAAGAUGAAUGGUUCCAAUGAAUCCAUCACCAAGAUCGUGGAAGGUUUAAACCAAGCCGAUCUCCCAGCCAACGUACAAGUUGUCAUUUGUCCACCAGCCCCAUACUUGGGUUUAGCUGUGGCCAAGAACACUCAAUCCACCGUUGAAGUUGGUGCUCAAAAUGUCUACACCAAGGCUUCUGGUGCCUACACUGGGGAAAUUUCUCCACAACAAAUCUUGGAUACUGGUGCCACUUGGACUUUAACCGGUCACUCUGAAAGAAGAACUCUUUUAAAGGAAUCCGAUGAAUUCAUUGCUGAAAAGACCAAGUUUGCUUUAGAUUCCGGUAUCAAGGUUAUCUUGUGUAUUGGUGAAACUUUGGAAGAAAGAAAGUCUGGUGUUACUUUAGAUGUCUGUGCCAGACAAUUGGAUGCCGUUUCCAAGAUCAUCUCUGACUGGAAGGAUAUUGUUAUUGCUUACGAACCAGUCUGGGCUAUUGGUACUGGUUUAGCUGCCACUCCAGAAGAUGCUGAAGAAACCCACAAGGGUAUCAGAGACCACUUAGUCAAGACCAUUGGUGCUGACCAAGCUGCUGCCGUUAGAAUCUUAUACGGUGGUUCUGUCAACGGAAAGAACGCUCCAGAAUUCAAGGACAAGGCUAACGUUGAUGGUUUCUUAGUUGGUGGUGCUUCCUUAAAGCCAGAAUUUGUUGACAUUAUCAAGUCAAGAUUGUAAAUUUUAGACAAUUAACUACAUAUAUAUAUAUAUAUAUAUAUCAUCCUACUUGGGUAUGCCAAUUGAAUAUAACACAUUUUCGUGAAUUUGUUGAGGAUUUAC